UGUCUGGGCAGGUUCUGGUGACGGAGAGGACAAACAGUUUUGUUCUCCGUCUCAUUAGCAGCAGGCUGCCGCCAUGUCUACAUUAACAUCAGCACCACAUGUGGCUUUCUUCAUGUCAUUUUGGAUAUUUUCUCUGGCUGCAGACCAUCCAGAGGUAACAGUGAAGGCUGGAGAGGAUUUCACUCUUGAGUGUCAGGCUCCUGGAGAUGCUCAGAUUGAAAUUUUGGACUGGAUCAGACCUGAUCUAAAGUCAUAUCCUUACAUCUUUCGGUUCAUACCACAACAGUCAACUACGGAAAACCAGGACCCCUCAUAUCGAGAUCGAGUGGAACUGAGAGAUCCAAACAUGAAGGCUGGAGAUGUUUCUGUAGUUCUGAAGAAGGUCAGAGUCAGCGACACCGGAACAUACCUGUGUCGAGUUGGAAGGGAGGGAGAAAAACAUAAAGUCUACAGCACCAUCCAGCUGAUUGUCUCAGACCCAGACGUGAUUGAGGUAACAGUGCACCCUGGAGAUGAUGUCAUUCUGCCAUGUCAGGCUGCUGGUUCCUCCAUCAGUGCUGUAGUGUGGAGCAGACAUGACCUGAAGCCAGAUACCGUCCUCUUAUACAGCGAUGGACACUUGAAUACAACCCAGCAGCAUCCAUCCUUUAAGGACAGGGUGGAGCUGGUGGACAGAGAUCUGAAGGACGGAGACGUGUCUUUAAUUCUGAAGAGUGUGAACAUCAACGACGCUGGAACAUACAAGUGUGGAGUUAAAACCGGUGGUACUUACCCAAUCAUAAUCAGAAUCAUCCGUCUGCAGGUUCCAGAGCCAGGUUCUCCUGUAGGCCUCAUCGUUGGACUGACAGUUCUAUUAUUAUUAUUACUUCCUGUAGCUGUUGUUGCUGCAGUGGUUGGUGUCUGGAAGAGUAAAAGACCAGGACGUGAUAUAAAGAGAACAGUUGUGAUGGUGGUACCAAGGCUCCGUGGAGAGAAGGCCAUUCUGCGAUGUCAGGCUGAUGAUUCCUCCAUUAGUGCUGUAGAGUGGAGCAGAGCUGACCUGAAGCCAGAUACCAUCCUCUCAUACAGAGAUAAAUGGUCGGUUCCAAGCUACCCUCAUCCUGACUAUAAGGAGGACAAGGUGCAGCUGGUGGACAGAGAUCUGAAGAAAGGAAACAUGUCUUUAGUUCUGUGGAAUGUUAUCCCUAAUGACCAAGGAACAUACGAGUGUCGAGUAACAUCACGUGGUUCAAGAUGGAAAAAUAUUCCCUUCCUCCCCUCUGAGCCAAUCAGAAUCAUCCAUCUGAAGGUUAGAGAGCAAAACCUGAUUAAGGUAACAGUGCACCCUGGAGAUGAUGUCAUUCUACCAUGUCAGGAUGAAGAUCCCUCCAUCUGUGCUGUAGAGUGGAGCAGAGCUGACUUGAAGCCAGAGUCCAUCCUCUCAUACAGAGUUGAAGGGUCAGUUACAACCUACCAGCAUCCUAAAUAUAAGGAGGACAAGGUGCAGCUGGUGGACAAAGAUCUGAAAAAAGGAAACAUGUCUUUAAUUCUGAAGAAUGUUAGCACAACUGACCAAGGAACAUACAAGUGUCGAGUAACAUCACGUGGUUCAAUGAGGACUAAUACUACCGUCCUCCCCAGGGAAACAAUCACAAUCAUCCGUCUGCAGGUUAGAGAGCCAGCAGACCUGAUUGAGGUAACAGUGCAUCCUGGAGAUGAUGUCAUUCUGCCAUUUCAGGCUGCUGAUUCCUCCAUCAGAGCUGUAGAGUGGACCAGACCUGACCUGGAGCCAGAUACCAUCCUCUUAUACUACGAUGGAAACUUGUAUACAAUCCAGCAGCAUCCAUCCUUUAAGGACAGGGUGGACCUGGUGAACGGAUAUAUGGAGGACGGAGACGUGUCUUUAAUUCUGAAGAAUGUGAACAGACACGAUGCUGGAACAUACGAGUGUCGGGUUACAGUAGCUGGUUCAGAAGGCAAUGAUGACUCCACCUCUGACCCAAUCAGAUUCAUCCGUCUGCAGGUUACAGAGCCAGAUCUGAUUGUGGUAACAGUGCACCCUGGAGAUGAUGUCAUUCUGCCAUGUCAGGCUGCUGAUUCCUCCAUCAGUGUUGUAGAGUGGAGCAGAGCUGACCUGGAUCCAGAUAUCAUCCUCUUAAAUAUUGAUGGACACUUGGAUCCAACCCACCAGCAUCCAUCCUUUAAGGACAGGGUGGAGCUGGUGGACAGAGAUCUGAAGGACAGAGACGUGUCUUUAAUUCUGAAGAAUGUGAACAUACACGACGACGGAACAUACGAGUGUCGAGUUAGAACCGGUUACUUUGACCCAAUCAGAACCAUCACAAUCAUCCAUCUGCAGGUUGCAGACCUGAUUGAGGUAGUGCGCCCUGGAGAUGAUGCCCUUCUGCAAUGUCGGGCUGCUGAUUCCUCCAUCAGUUUUGUAAUGUGGAGCAAACCUGACCUAGGGCAGUGUGUCUUCUUAUACAGAGAUGAAAUCUUGGAUCCAUACAACCAGCAGCAUCCAUUCUUUAAGGGCAGGGUGGAGAUGAUGGGCAUACAUAGGAAGGACGGAGACGUGUCAUUAACUCUGAAGAAUGUCAGCAGACACGACGCUGGAAGAUACGAGUGUCGAGUUAAAACCCUUGACUCUGAAAAAGUCGGAAUCAUCAGUCUGCAGGUUCCAGAUGCGAUUGUGGAAGUGCACGCUGGAGAUAAUGCCACUCUGCCAUGUCAGACUGAUGAUUCCUCCAUCAGAGCUGUAGAGUGGAGCAGAACGGACCUGAAGCCAGAUAACGCCUUCUUAUACAGAGACGACCGGAAUGAACCCUUUAAGAGCAGGGUGGACAGAGAUCCGAAAACUGGAGACGUGUCUUUAAUUCUGAAGAAUGUGAAAAUCUACCACACUGGAACAUACGAGUGUCGAGUUAAAACCGUUGUUGGUUUUAAAGAUGGAAACGGAGACAUCGACUCUGAACCAAUCAGAAUCCUCAGAAUCAUCCGUCUGCAGGUUACAGAGCCAGCAGAUGAGAUUGUGGUAGUGCGCCCUGGAGAUAAUGCCAUUCUGCCAUGUAAGGUUGCUGAUCCCUCCAUCAAUGAUAUAAAGUGGACCAGACCUGACAAGCAUCCAUCCUUUAAGGACAGGGUGUACCUGGUGAACAGAGAUCUGAACGACCGAGACGUGUCUUUAACUCUGGAGAAUGUGAGCAGACACGAUGCUGGAAUAUACGAGUGUCGAGUUAAUACUGGUGGUUCAAAACUCAAAAAGAUCGACUCUGAGCCAAUCAGAACCGUCCGUCUGCAGGUUGCAGACGAGAGUGUGGUAAAUAAUGAAACCGAUGAUCGAAAUGGUACAAAGGAAGACAUCAACUCUGACUCACUCAUAAACAUCCCUCUGCUAAAUCAUCAGUCUGCAGGUAACAGAGCCAGCAGGUCCCGUGAAGAUAGAAACUCCUCUCAUGUAGUCUGAUACAGCAGGUGUUCCAGUUGGACUGAUUAUUGUAGCUGUUGCAGUGGAUGUUGUCCUGAUAUAUAAAAGACGUAAGAAGAAGAGAUCAGGACUGCCUGCAGAUGAUGCUAAUAAAGCAUUUUUCCGCCAUGAAUCUCCACCUUACUGUGGUGGUGGUGGUGUGGGGGGGGGGGGUUGUGUACCUGUUGAAUCUGGGAUCUGUAUCACCUGGAGCUCUGAGAUGCUCUAGGUUCUCCCACGAUGAGAUGGUCUCAGACUCACAGUACCUUUAGAGAAGUAAAAUAUUUUACUACUGAAGUAAAAGUAAUGUUGCUUUAAAGAAAAAGAAAAGUUACGUGACUUAAAUUACUUUAACUUUCAAUACAUUUUCUUCAAUUAAAAAUAAAAUGACGUAUGGCUUAUUGAUUCUUAAUAACUGCUCAGAUAAAAGAUAAGUCAUUAAAAUGUUCUUUAAGAGCAGAAUGAAGCAGCCAACAAAGACAUGUUCAGACAAUAUAAACUCAGCAGUAAUACACAGAAAACAGAAAAUGAUGUUUCUUUAAAAUAAAAUAUAAGCAGACGGAGCACCCACCAGAUAUCUUCUAAUCAGGUGUAGAGAGCUCUUCAACAUGUCUUCUGUUUGUGUCUUUGAUCAGGUCAUGUUACGCUUAUUUAGCAUUUUAGUUUCUGCUCGGCAUUAUAAAGGGUCAUGGCUUCUGCUUGGAAUCAUAUAUUUCCAGCUAAUGAUAUAAUAUAAUAAAUGUCUAAUGGUAAAGUCUGCCUCUGCCUUAGAGAACUAAAACAUUUUACUCAAGUAAAAGUACUGUUGAUUUAAUUAAAAAAACAACGUUACUUAACUAAAAGUACUUUUACUAUGAAUGAAUUGUUCUUAAGUAAAAAACAAAGUUAGGCUACUUAUUUGAUACCUGAAGAUUGUGCUCAGAUAAAAGAUAAGUCAUUAAAAUGUUCUUUAAGAGCAGAAUGAAGCAGCCAACACAGAGAUGUUAAGACAAUAUAAACUCAGCAGUAUUACACAGAAAUACUUUGCUCCAUUAAAUGAGCAAAUGUAAUCUAUUACUUCAGCCCAGCUGAUAUAUGACAGCAAGCUUUUAACAGAAAAUGAUAUAUCAGCAGACGGAGCACCCACCAAAUAUCUUCUAAUCAGGUGUAGAGCUCUUCAACAUGUUAUCCGUUUGUGUGUUUUGGUAAUAAUACAUUUUAUAUGGAGGGAAUUUGAAAUGCUUGUUUUCUGCUCGGCCAUAUAAUUCCUCACGGUGCUUUGAAUGAUUUCUUCCAGCUAAUGAUAUAAUAUCAACUAACCAUAAUAUGGUUUAAACUGAGGAGUUGAUGACAUUGUGAAUAUUGUUGUUAUUGUAAUUAUGAAAUCAUCUGAUGAAGCCCAGAAUAUCUCAGGUGGACAUAGAGGACCAGUCUGUCUCUAAAUAAGACCUUAAACUGAUUUACAUGAUGUUUGCUGAAGGAAAUGUUAUGAAAUGUAAACUAUACAAAAGUGAUUAUUUGCAGUUGAUAAUUAUUUAAUAUGAAUCGAUGGAUGAAAUAAUAAUGAUCAGAGACAUGAUGGAAGUUAAUAACUCAGUUUUAACAUUCAGAUACAUUAAUGCGCCUUAAACUGUUUUACUCUUUUGUCUUAUUUUAAUAAAUACUUUAUUUUGCUACAUUUGAUUUCCAAGUUGUUACUUUUAUACAUUCAUUGUUGUGCAUUUUUGUAUUCUUUGAACACAAAUAAAGCUGCUCCAAAUAUCCAAA